AUGGACGCUCUAGUGACAAUGGAAAACGUGAGCCUGGCCGCUAAUCUGUCUGAUUGCUUCUUGGUCCAACACAUAACUGGAUCGACGCCAUUUCUGCUCUUCUACCUGACUAUCAUUGUCAUUGCGAUCCCGUCCAACACGUUCUCGCUCUACGUGUCCUGGCAGCACAUCAGACAGAAGAACGAGCUCGGCGUGUUCCUGUUCAACCUGGCUCUGUGUGACCUGACCUUCACCCUGGGCCUCACUCUGUGGGUGGACUUCCUGUGGCGGGGGGUCUGGAUCCACGGAAGCCACCUCUGUGUGAUAUGCGUCCGCUUUGUCUACACCAACUUCUACAUGAGUGAGGCCCUCCUCUGCUGCAUCGCCGUGAACCGCUACCUGGCCGUGGUCCACCCGUUGAAGUGUGUGAAGUUUCGGAAAGUGGGAACUGCCGUCGCGGUCUCUGUGGCCAUCUGGGUGCUGGUGCUCUGUUUCAGCACUGCCACCAUCAAAUGGGGGGACUCGUACAACGAAGACAUCACGUUUUCUCUGUGCUUUGAUGUCUUCCUCCCCAUGACAGAGAGUCAGAUUUGUGGAAACCUGACUCGCUUCUUCGUGGGGUUUGUUGCCCCAGUAGCCGUGGUGUUGUUCACCACAUGGGGCACGUGCGUGGCUGUGAACACCAACCAGGCCACGAAGGAGCAGGAACGAAAACGGAUCUCCAAGCUUCUGGCGUUAGUUCUGUUCAGCCUUGUGCUCUGCUUUGGACCCCUCCACGUCUUGAUGCUCGUGCGCACGUUCUUGAGCGACUGCAGCAGUUUUCAGUGGCUCCUCCACCCGUACAGGAUCAGCAUUGCUAUGUCAAGCCUGAACUGCCUCGCAGACCCGCUUCUUUAUUGUUUUGUCACUAGAACUGGGCAGGCAAACGUCAGUCAAGUCAUUCUAUUCUUGCAGGGAAAGAAAAGAAGCAAUGAUGAGAGUAUUGCAUAA